UGUAAAGGGUGGGUGUGCGUGGAAAAGCUCCCGAGUGCCCACGCUUCCUUCACUGCCACGCAAUUCCUCAACCCCUUCCUCCGAGCAACAAGUUUUGCAGCAAUUGAGCGCCUUACUGCAGGGGGGGAAAAAAAGGUUGCACGUCAGUGAAUCCGUAGCGGUUAUUCCAAUGAAGCCGGCAGCCGCGGGGAGCAUGGACACCAACGUGGACCCACGGAAGAAGUGUCGUGCAUCAGCGGUGGCGCUCAGCGCCAUCCCGUCGGUGUGCUCCGUGGCGUCCGUCGCCUUCUGCAUCGUACUCAGCAUUCACGCCGCCGAUGUCAGGCGCCGGCUGGCGGGCUUGGAGCACGGCGCGGACUCCUUUGCGCGCACCUCCGCUGGCCUGGAUGCGUUAAUUGAGCAAAAAGUCAACCAGAUGUUCACCCAGCGUUCUUACGAGCAGUUUGUCAAGACCAGGACGGCCAGACAAGCGUCACCUGAAUGCAACUGCCCUCCAGGACCUCCGGGGAAGAGAGGAAGGCGAGGCCGCAAUGGAGAACCCGGACCUCCUGUCCAACCGGGUCCAGAGGGUUCCCCAGGCCCAAAGGGUGAAAAGGGGGAUCAAGGCGACCAGGGACCACGGAUGGUCUUCCCUAAGAUCAAUCAUGGCUUUCUUUCCGCCGACCAGCAGCUCAUAAAGCGCCGUCUCAUUAAGGGGGACCAGGGGCAAGCGGGACCACCCGGGCCUCCGGGACCACCGGGUCCACCUGGCCCACGGGGGCCCCCAGGUGACACAGGCAAGGAUGGGCCGAGGGGCGUUCAAGGCCUACAAGGUGAUCUAGGGCAGCCAGGAGAAAAAGGACCUAUGGGACCUGAGGGGCCUCAAGGACUCAAGGGUUCACUGGGGCCUCCGGGUACUCCAGGUGUUGACGGACUGAAGGGGGAUCUUGGAAUCCCAGGACUGGACGGCAUCCCGGGAGCCAAGGGUGAAAUGGGAGAGCAAGGUGAAAAGGGCGACAUGGGUGAAGAAGGACCAAAAGGUGAAAUUGGAGAUAAGGGAGAUGCUGGCUCUUCUGCAGCGGGCAUUAAGGGGGAACCCGGGGAACCUGGAAGGAGUGGACAAAAGGGAGAGCCAGGACUUCCAGGGCUGCCUGGACUACCAGGGAUUAAGGGAGAACCUGGAUUCCUCGGCCCCCAGGGAGAGCCGGGUCUCCCAGGCCUGCCGGGAACCAAGGGUGAGAGAGGCGACCAUGGGCCGCCAGGAAAAGGCGAAACGGGGAGUAUUGGCCCUGUGGGGUCAAAGGGGUCGCAGGGAGAGGCCGGGGCACCAGGUCUUAAAGGGUCAAAGGGCGAGACUGGCGAUAAAGGAGAGUAUGGGCCUGCCGGGCCGAGGGGCCCACCAGGGCAAAAAGGAGACCAAGGGGCCACCGAAAUCAUCAACUACAAUGGGAAUAUUCAGGAAGCUUUACAGAAGAUUACCACAGUCACAGUGACGGGUCCACCGGGUCCUCCUGGGCCUAUAGGACCGCAUGGUAUUAAGGGGGACCGUGGUAUGCCAGGCCUCCCAGGACUAGAUGGCGAAAGAGGCUACAAGGGUUCCAAGGGAGACAUGGGAAUGCCGGGUGCAUCGGGAGACAAGGGAGCGACUGGUUUACCAGGACUACCUGGGGUUAAUGGGGUAAAGGGAGACAAGGGUGAUUCAGGUCUGCCUGGUCCUCAAGGCUCCUCGAUUAUUGGCACACCAGGGGCACCAGGACCACACGGGCCUCCUGGACCUAUGGGCCCCCAUGGUUUCCCUGGACCAAAGGGGGAAGGUGGUUUGCACGGCGCCAAGGGCGCACGUGGGGAGCCCGGCCAUAAGGGCGACAGAGGACCUUUAGGCCUUCCUGGAGCCUCCGGCUUGGACGGCAAGCCCGGAAUGAGGGGCACUGACGGGCCUUCAGGUCCAGCUGGUCCGGCCGGCCCAAAGGGAGACAGAGGAGAGCAAGGAACGUCGGGUGAGCCAGGACCAAGGGGGCCGUACGGAUUGCCUGGAGCUGCAGGAACGCCAGGCUUGGAUGGGUUGCAGGGUUUAGGAGGAGAGAAAGGCGACGUUGGGGAAAGAGGAGAAAAGGGUUUCCGGGGAUUUAAGGGUGAAAAGGGGGAACCAGGGCAGCCAGGUCUGGACGGGCUGGAUGCCCCAUGCCAAUUGGGCCCUGAUGGAUUACCAAUGCCCGGCUGCUGGCAGAAGGGAGUCACACCAUGGCUGGUGGCCUGAAACCCCCUACCCCCCAAAAAUGAAAAAUUGUUCCUUUACCGCGCCUGCAAGAGGCGUCGACUGGCCUCUCCGCGCCCAGCUGCACUGAUAAAGAAUCCAGCAGGUGUUUUCUUUUUUAAGUUGGGUCGGUGGCCGCCCUUCCUGAGCAAGGGGGACGGGGUCCAUGGAGACAAGGCUGGAGGAUCUACUGAGCGUCGAUUACGGAAUGCAAUCAUGUUUAUUUGCCAAAGAGCGAUAUAUAUAUAUAUAUAUAUAUAUAUAUAUAUAUAUAUAUAUAUAUAUAUAUCAUUUAUUUGUGUUCGUCAUGUUACAUUUGUGUUAUUUUUUUCCAAUCAAAAACACUUGACCCUGCUCAUGAAACUUUUUUUUUUUUUUUGGAGUAUCCAAGUCAUAAAAUAACGAACAAAGUACAUGGACUAGCACGUUUAAUUAAAGCUCCUGACAAGUGCGUUCGAGCCCCCGGAACCAGUUUGUCACAUGAUAGUCGCCGUCGAGCUCGUCAUUAUUUUAUUUUUUUUAACAGCUUCUGUGUGAAUACAUGUGAACUAUCAAGUGGCGUGGCAUUUUUCUUACUUUAGUCUUUUAAGUUUUUUCGCGUUGAAGUGUUUAUCCUUUGUGUAUAAUAGCCAUUUGGUGCCUGAAGCUUUUAUUCAUUCCUUUACCAGAAAACGUCAUAUAUCCCACUUCUAUCAUUUAUCGUUUUUUUUUGCAGUCUUCAGUGGUAUUUGUCGGUUGACUGCAUGUGUACAAGGGAAACAAUCAUAUAUGACAGUGGUUCUCGAACUUUUUUACACCAGACAUUUUUUAUUUAAUUUUUUGCUUUGCAAGCAUCACUUUUCGCUACCUCUGCUUGCCGUCACGGUGUAGCCUCGAACAUGUGUCCAUUUUCAACUCCAGCAAAGAUAUGUUUACUACAUGUGUUUUAUUUCUUGCAUAUCUUUAUGUAUAUAUUUUCCAUUCUAGUUUCACUUAUGUUGUCCCUGAAUGCCGCAGUGGUACUCGUCUCCCAGUUUGGGAAGCAGUGAUAUAUGUAGCAUAUUUACAGUACAGCAGCUCGUCAACACUUUCAGUGCAGUAUUAUUGUUUCUUUUAGGUCGCUGCUAUGCAACGUAUAUCUUCACAAAUAUGCACGGCAGUCUCAAGUUUUUUUUUUUUUUGUUUUUUUAUAAUUUCUUUGCAAACAGUAUUUGUUGUAUUUUAUAUGACAUAAUUUAUUUUUCUAUGAUUUAUUGGGUUUUAAGCGGCAUUCCUCUACGUCGUGUUGCCAUUUGUGUACAAAAAAAAAAUGGAGGCUUUUUGGAGAGGUGGCUUAUUUCCGUGGACCAUUUCAGCUUUGAGGUGUCGCCAUGACAUUUUUUUUUUUCUUGAGGCCGACCCGAAUGUUGUCGUUGGGUCAGUCAGUGCCAUGUGUGUUUCCCUGGUUUUCAUUGAAUGUAGUUUGAUCUAUAUACAGUAGAUAUAAAUAUGUGUAUGUAUAGUGGAUGACUUCAUGUACUGUUGACAUAAGAAGUGCAAUUUGUAUUCAACAUUUUGGUUGUUUGUGUGUAGCAUCCGGCGAGAAAGUCACAUUUCUCUGUGAUUUCCGUGGCUCUGUUACUUCAGCCGUGCUUGGUUUGGAUAUGCCACUUAUAAACAACAAAGCAAAAUCUCAUUUCCAAUGAUGACUUUUAAAAUGUUUAUUUUCUUGGUUCAGCAAUGUUUUUGUUUUGUUUUGUUUGUUUUGGCCCUUGUUACACUUUUAAGUGUCAAAAUCUGGGCAACUAUUUUGCAAUAAAAAAACAUCACUAUUAAAAAAAUAAUAUGUCACAUGUGUAUUUGCCAUCUCUCCCAAAAAUAAGUAACUGUUUCUUUGUGCAAGUUGAAAUCUUUUUUUUUUUUUUUUUUUUUGAUUGUGGUGGAGUUUUUGUUCAUGCAUUUAUACUGUUGUUAUUUUUUUACCCACUUAAUUGACAUUUCUUUGUGUUCAAAUGACUGUACUGUCGGAGCCAAAUAAACACAGACUUUCAAAUACA